CGUAGAACCAAACCAAUCGAAAGGAGUCGAUCCCUAAAUUAACAAACCAAUAAAAACUCCGUUUUCUUUUUCCACUGGUAAAAUUCGGAUCUAAGCAACCUCUUCUCCGAUAACCACCACGAACGACGAGCAAAAAGCAGAGCAUCUCGACUUUUCGAUUUCGGUUUCGAGUCUCCGGUUCCUUUUUUGAAAAAUUUUAUCCAAAAAAACUCAUUUGAUUCGUGUUUCCAAGAACCUUGGAAGUUUCAGAUUGCUCGAUCCAUGGAGAGGUUCUCAGUAUCUCGAUUUGCGUAUGGGAAUCUCGUUGUCCUGUUCUUAGUUGGGGCCGUCGUCGUGUCAGCGAGAUCUGAUGAUGAAAUCCGGGAGCGGUUUUACGGCAACCUUCUGAACUUGUCUUCGCCGGACAACGGCGAAGGGAGUAUUGCCAAAAUGUUCGAUCGGGUUCUGGAGAAAGAGUUCUCCGAGAACGAUCAGCCUGAAGGAUCAGAUGGAGCAAGCUUUAACAGCAGCGUUGCUGAUCAACAAGCUGAAAUAGAGACGGUUGCUAAAGUAACUCAUGAGAAAGGCAAAAGAAAUGAUACCCAGGAAACUAAUGGUACAAGAGCAUUCCAACUUCAAGACGUGUUUUCCCUGGAAAAUGAAGAUUCUGAUGAUAUGACAACUCUGAUCGACAAAAAGAAUAAUGUCUUUGUCAUGUCGAAUAAAAAGUCCAAGUAUCCAGUACUUCAAGUAGAUGUGAGAUUGAUAUCAGAUUUGGUGGUCAUUAUUGUUUUUGCUGCCAUUGGUGGAAUUGUCUUCUCAUGUCUGGGUCAGCCGGUCAUUGUUGGAUAUCUUCUUGCGGGGUCAAUCAUUGGGCCAGGUGGAUUGAAAUUCAUCAGUGAAAUGGUCCAGGUUGAAACUGUGGCACAAUUUGGUGUUGUUUUCCUCCUUUUUGCUUUAGGCUUGGAGUUCUCAAUGACUAAGUUGAAAGUUGUUGGCCCAGUCGCUGUCCUUGGAGGGCUUCUUCAGAUCAUCUUACUCAUGUUUUUGUGCGGUGUAACUGCUAUGUUGUGUGGAGCAAGAUUGUCUGAGGGUGUUUUUGUUGGUGCAUUUUUAUCUAUGUCCUCAACUGCUGUGGUGGUUAAGUUCUUAGUGGAACGGAACAGUACAAGUUCUCUUCAUGGUCAAGUUACAAUAGGGACGCUUAUCUUUCAGGACUGUGUUGUUGGUUUAUUGUUCGCCUUGCUCCCAGUUUUGGGUGGCAACAGCGGUUUACUACAAGGAAUUAUAUCAAUGGGGAAAUUGCUUCUGAUAUUGUCCAUAUAUCUUACUGUUGCGUCACUACUGACAUGGUCAUUUGUUCCUCGCUUCCUGAAGUUAAUGAUACAAUUAUCAUCUCAAACAAAUGAACUUUAUCAGUUAGCUGCUGUGGCAUUCUGCUUAUUAUCCGCAUGGUGCAGUGACAAGCUGGGUCUUAGUCUUGAGUUGGGAUCAUUCAUGGCUGGUGUUAUGGUGUCUACAACCGACUUUGCGCAACAUACUCUAGAGCAGGUGGAACCAAUUCGUAAUUUAUUCGCCGCCCUUUUCCUUUCGAGCAUCGGGAUGCUCAUAAAUGUGCAGUUUCUCUGGAACCACGUGGAUAUACUUCUGGCGUCUGUUAUUCUAGUCAUAGUUGUUAAGACAGCUAUUGUAGCAACAGUAAUUAAGGCUUUCGGGUACAAUUUGAGGGCGUCAUUCCACGUUGGAGUACUACUCGCUCAGAUUGGAGAGUUUGCCUUUGUACUGCUAAGCCGUGCAUCGAACUUACGUAUUAUUGAGGGGAAAAUGUACCUUCUCCUUCUGGGUACAACAGCUCUGAGCCUAGUGACGACCCCGUUGCUAUUCAAGUUAAUACCGAGUGCAAUGAACCUCGGUGUUUUUCUUCGGGUUUUCCCAUCAGAGAAUAACUCCCAGAAUGAGGAGGAGAAAGGGUCGAUGAUGAAGUUGUGAGUUACGUCUGCAUCAUUUUGUGUACAUAUAGAUUAUUCCUUUGAUCAGACGAAAACUCGACGAGGCAACAACGCCGAAACUGACUGAGAAGAUCUUAGUGUGCCAUUUGAUAGCCAGAUGAAUUCACAGGUCCUUUGUGCUAGCUUUUCUACUCUCUGCGUUCUUGUCAUACUCGACCAAGGAUUAUAAAAAAUGUGAAACGGAUUGUCAUUCUAUAUAUGAUGAAGGACUGAAGGGGUGCUGGAAUUGUAUAUCCUGUAAUAAAAUAAAAUUUUGUUUUUGAAUA